GUCUUCGAAAAGGAUAAAGAUUAUUGUACCAUGAAAAAUGGAGAGAGGCGCCGCUGUGUCAGUAUUACCUCGUGUCCAUCAGCUCUGCAGUCAUUCCGUGUUAAUCCACCAGAAAACUGCGGCUUCGCUGGAACAGUUCCUCUCGUCUGCUGCAACAAUGUUACAGAGAGUGUGACUAAGACAACUGACAAGGUAUCUGAUCCUAUCCUGGAUAUUUCUUCUCCAACCGUUACUUUCGAGUGUGGGUUGAGUAAUCCCAGGAUCAUUCAUGUUCCCUUCGACAGUUUAUCAAGAUCUGUCUCUGACGUGAUACAUAAACCGAAGCUCAACGAAGACCAUCACGCUCGAUACAGAAGGUUCGAUAAUAAGGUUGCAGUGGUCGGUGGAUUUACAUCAAAGAUAAACGCUUGGCCUUGGAUGGCACUACUGGGAGAGCGGACUGUCCAGGGUUCAGUUAACUGGUUCUGUGCUGGUGUUCUUAUCAACCAACAAUGGGUCCUGACAGCUCUCCACUGUUUUCAUUAUAAAGAGGCAAACAUUGUGCGUCUGGGUGAACACGACUACAACAACAACAAUGACAGUGCAGAACCUAUGGACUUUGAGGUGGCUGAAACUAUUUUGUACCCUGACUAUACGUUUCCACAGGCAUACCAUGACCUGGCUCUCCUGAAACUAGCUCAGAAGGUGGACAUACAGAAAUAUAUAAGGCCAGUUUGUCUUCCCUGGGGCCAGGAGAGCCUCGCCAACAUUACUGGCAGCAAGAUGAAGCUGACUGGUUGGGGCGACACAUUGUUUGGUGGAUCGUCAAGUUCAGUUUUGCAAGAAGUGGACAUAACAAUAUUUCCAUCUACAAAAUGUGUAGAGAGUUAUUCGACGCUACAGGAAUACUCUACUGUCUGGCCUCGUAGUAUAAAGGAAGAGACAAUUUGUGCCGGAGAUCCAAAAGGAGGAAAAGAUGCUUGUCAGGGUGACUCAGGUGGACCACUUGUUGGCUUGCACUCAGCUGGGUAUUACACCUUGGCUGCAGUUGUCUCUCGUGGGUAUGGUUGUGGCCACAAGGACUACCCUGGACUCUACGUCAACCUUCGUAAUCCUCCAUAUCUAGCCUGGAUAAAAAAGGUUGCCUUCUAAUAAAUAUUGAAGGACAAUAAACUGAGAAGCUGGAUUAUAAGAUGCUACUUGCUUCUUCUAAUGUUUCUGCGUAGGUUCCUAAAAAUUAUUUUGCAUGUAUCAUAUUGAACUGUUAAAUAAAGACACAAUAUGCUGA